CAGGAGUGCAGUGGCCUGGGGGACAUGCCCGGCUCCUUCGUGCCCACGGUGACGGCCAUCACCACCAGCCAGGACCUGCAGUGGCUGGUGCAGCCCACCCUCAUCUCCUCUGUGGCCCAGUCGCAGCCCCCAGGGGCACCCAUGGCGCACCCCCCUCCCGUCGAUCCCUAUGACCUCCCAGGACCCAGCUACUCCACGCCGGGCAUGGGUGCCUUUGCCACAGGGCCAGCGGUGCCACCGCCGGCACGUUCCACCCGUGCCCGCCCCCGGCGCAGCCGCGAGGAGACGCUGACACCGGAGGAGGAGGAGAAGCGCCGGGUACGUCGUGAGAGGAACAAGUUGGCAGCGGCCAAGUGCCGUAACCGGCGCCGGGAGCUGACUGAUCGGCUGCAGGCGGAGACGGACCAGCUGGAGGAGGAGAAAGCCGAGCUGGAGUCGGAGAUCGCAGAGCUGCAGAAGGAGAAGGAACGUCUGGAGUUCGUCCUGGUGGCCCACGCCCCAGCCUGCAAGCUCCCCUUCGAGGACGUCGGCUCCUUGGGUGCCGGCCCCGCCGAG